AUGAGAAAAAUUAUAUUUUUAAUUAUUCUAUUAAUUGAUUUUUCUAAACAAAUAAAUCCACCAGUAGGAACAUCAAGUAUAAAAUUUGUAUUUGAUGUAACUGGUUCAAUGCAUGAUGACCUUUUGCAAGUUAUUCAAGGUGCAACACAUAUAUAUAAUGUAACUCUUAGACGAGAAUAUUCUAUUUAUAAUUAUAUACUUAUACCAUUUGGUGAUCCACAUGUUGGACUAAUAUUAAAAACACGUGAUUCAAAACUCUUUCAACGUGGUUUACAAGAUUUAAUUGUUCAAGGUGGUGGUGAUUGUCCGGGAAUGACAAUAACAGCUAUUAAAUUAGUUCUUGAACAAUCAUUACCAGAUUCAUUUAUUUAUGUAUUUACUGAUGCUCGUUCAAAAGAUUAUUUAUUAAGUGAUACUGUUCUAAAAUUAAUUCAAGAAAAACAAAGUCAAGUUGUAUUUGUUAUGAUAGGUGAUUGUGGUGAUCAAGAUCACAUUGGUUAUCAAAUAUUUCAUAAAAUAGCUGCAACUAGUAGUGGACAAGUAUUUACUUUAGAUAGAAAACAAGUUAGCGAGCAAACACGAAAAGUUAAUUUAUUAGUUAUUGAUAAAAUAAAACGAAAUAAACAAACAUAUAUAUUGCAUGUUGAUUCAAAACUUCUUGAAUUUACAAUAUCAGUUAGUGGUGCUAAUCCACAAGUAACAUUAAUUGAUCCAUCAAGUACUUCAACUUAUUUAACAAUUGAAAUUAGUAAUAAAGAUGAUAUACAAAAUGCUCAACAAACUGAAUUAAUUGAUUUAUAUGGUAAUAUACUUGUUAAUCAAAAACUUCAAUUAAAUACAAAUAAUUCAUUAUUAUAUUCUACUAUUGAAAAAUUUCAACCACCAGUUAAAAAUUUUUUCUUUUAUAUUCGAUUAACUGGUAUUGAUAAUAAUGUUAAUGUUGAUUAUAAUUCAAUUCAAAUUAAAUCAAAUCAAUUAUAUAAUAUUCAAUGUUAUAUGCAAAGUCAACUUCCAUAUUAUGUUCAAUGGUUUAAAAAUGCACAAUUAAUAUCUCAAAAUGAUUAUCCAUCUCAUCUAACUACAGUUAAAUAUUUAAUUAAACUAACAGAAAUAAAUGCUGAAGGUUUAUAUAUAUGUAAUGUAACAAGUACAAGUGGUUAUGAUAUUGAUGAAAUAAAUGUUGAUAUACUUGCUCCACCACCAAUUAUUCAAAUUCUACCAACGAAAGAAUUAUUUACAUUAAUAAAUAUUACUAUUUCAAUUAAAUGUCUUGUACAAAGUACAAAAGAUUAUAAUUUAAUAUGGAAACAAGAAUUACCAUCAUCCAGCUUGUCCACAGGUAACGCACUCACCCAUUUUUCACCUUUUGCUUUCUAG